AUGGGUAGGGCUGCCCUCGACUCUUGUUUCUUCUUGUGUGUGCGCACACUGGCAGGCCUCGCCCCCGCCUGCCUGCCCGCACACCCGCCUCUUUUUGCUUUUUUCUCUUUUUUUUCCCUUCUUCUUCCUGCUGCCCCCACCACGCAGUGCGACGGUCCGCCCAAGAAGAAGGAACAGCAGAAGAUGUCCCUGGGAGAUUUCCUGGGAGACCAAUCGCUGGGAUCAUGGGCCGAUGAAAUGGAGGACGCACCAAUGCCUGGUGCAGCCGGGGCCGGUGCUCGCGCUGGCUACGGCGGCGACAGACCUUCGUAUAGCUCAGGUGGCGGCUUCGGCGCUGACCGCGGCGCCAGCUUUGCCGACCGUGGAUUUGCUGUCCGCGAGGAGCUCCCGCUUCCCUCGAAGCCUCCGUACACAGCCCAUUUGGGCAAUCUGUCCUUCGAUGCCACCGAGGGCGAUGUCAACGACUUCUUCAGUGGCUGCGAAGUCACCAACGUGCGCAUCGUUGAGGACAAACUGGACCGCAAGCCCAAGGGCUUCGGCUACGUCGAGUUUGGCAGCGUCGAGGGGCUGAAAAAGGCACUCGAUUUGUCAGGCAGCCAAUUCCAGGGCCGCAAUGUUCGCGUCAGUGUUGCUGAGCCCCCCAAAGACCGUGUAGAGGCCAGGGAAAUUACCGACUGGACGCGCAAGGGACCCCUCCCCGAUUUGCCGGGCCAGCGUCGACCAUCUGAACGUGGCGGCUUUGGCUCUGGCCGCGACCGUGGCUUCGAAGGCGGCUCCGAUGCUGGGAGUGAGCGCGGUGAGCGCAGGCGCCCUCCUCCCUUUGGCGGCGAUGGCAAGGAGCGGGACUUUAGCAACUGGGAGCGAAAGGGACCUCUCUCGCCCAGCGCGCCUGCACCAGCUCUCUCGAGAGAUGGAGGUCGGCCAAGAAAUUUCGAGGGAGGAGCAGCCCGUCCUGAGCGCAGGCAAUCACCUGCUUGGGGUGAGGGUCAAGGAGACGCAGGAUCCAGGGGGCCACGUCGCGAGUUCCAGCCCAGCGAGAGGCCACAACACGAUAGGCAGCCCACCGCGCCAGAGCUUGACAACCAAUGGCGUACCAAGAUGCGCCCUGACGCGCCGUCUCCCACCGCAACACCAGACGUCAGCACACCCUCAUCUCCCGCACCACAACCCGUCGCACCAGCUGGCCGUCCCAGGUUGAACCUGGCGAAGCGAACAGUCUCCGAGGCACAGCCCGCCCAGGACACGACUCCAUCAGACAAACCCAACCCAUUCGGCGCUGCUCGUCCCAUUGACACCGCUACCCGCGAAAAGGAGAUUGAGGAGAAGAGGCAGCUUGCUCUCCGUCAGAAGAAGGAGGCUGACGAAAAGGCUCGUGAGGAAAAAAGGGCCAAGGAUGCGGCUGAAAAGGCUGCUUCAAAAGCCACCGCUCCCGCAACAACCAGCGCCGAGAAGAAAGAAGACGGCAGCGAAGAGAAGCCUCGCGCAAAUUUCGAGAUUCUCCAACGAGCUGACGACGAGGGCAACUCUGCAGGCCAAGAUGAGGAUGCCCAAGGCAAAAUCGUCGACGACAAGGCCGUCAAGCCGCAGGAAGUUGUGCGUGAUCCAGCGAAAGCAGACGGUUCGUGGAGGCGAAAGUCAAACACCCCCGUCGCACCUGCUGGUACCACCACUGAAUCCCUUGACGACGAUGGCUGGAGUACCGUUACCAAGUCCGUGAAGAGCGCGAAGAGCAACAAUCGCCGUGGCGGUGGUGGUGGCGCUCCAACUCGUGCUAUCGCGUCUUAG